UUUAACACAAAAGAUGCAUCUUCGGAUCGAUCUAGUGACCCACAUUCACGUGUGUGUCAUUCUGUCAGUCGUGGCAUUGUGACAGAAGCCUUUGCUUGCAUGUUUAAAAAAAAUAACAUUCGUCCGGCAACGUCUCAUUUAGUAUUCAACCGUCAUUAUGUGUGGACGACUCGGAUUUUGAAUUUCGAACUGUCAAUUCGAAUUAUUUAUUCUUUUUUUAUUUGACAGUUAUUUUUUUUUUUGGUUUCGCUAUUGCGUUUUGUUUCAACACAAUGAAAAUGUACAACUACAAAUACGUUUUUUCUUUGGUUUUCUUUAUAAAUUAUGUUAGUUGCGAUUAUUUUUUGAACAAAGUCAAUCAUAUAGAGUAUUAUAGGAAUAGAACGAGGCCUUCGAAGUCGUUUUCUAGUUUUUCAUCGAACUAUUUUAAUCAGAAUUCAGUGGUUAAGCCAAGUAAAGGGGAGAAAGUGUUAUGUGGUACAAGAUCUGUGGAUUUCAACCCGAGGAGGAUGGGGAAGAUUGUCGGAGGGACUGAAACACCCUAUGGUGCUUUUCCUUGGCAAGUGGAGAUUCAAAUGCUGGAUGUAGACAAGUUGACGUUUGAGCAUCACUGCGGUGGUGCUGUGAUCGCGGAGCGGCUGGUGCUGUCUGCGGCACACUGCUUCGAUAAGCAACCGUUACAGCUGGACCACAUCCGUCUGGUGGUCGGGGAGCAUCGUCUGAAGUUUCAGGACAAGCAUGAACACCGGUUUCUAGCUGAAAAGGUUAUCCGGCAUCCAGACUUCAGGAAAAAUGGUCCUCACAGUAAUGACAUCGCCAUCAUCCUAGUCUCCCGAUCUGGUAAUGGGGUGCAAUUCAAUUCCCAUGUCCGUCCAAUAUGUCUGCCUGAGGAUGGAGUACCACCAGGGAAGUGGUGCGCAGUCAGCGGCUGGGGGUUCCAAGCUGAGAAUACUGAAAAUUUUGCUCCAGUGUUAAGAGCAGCACAAGUACCCGUCAUGGAUCUUACUACAUGUAGGAAGAGUCACGUGCUGGGCGGGAGACAACAAGCUAUAUUGGACUCUAUGAUUUGUGCAGGCGUCCUAUCAGGCGGUGUGGACGCGUGCCGCGGCGACAGCGGCGGGCCGCUGGCGUGCCGCGGCGGGGCGCGCUGGGCGCUGCACGGGCUGGUGUCGUGGGGCGCGGGCUGCGCGCGCCGCGCCCGCCCCGGCGUCUACACGCGCGUCGCUUACUACACGCGAUGGGUCACUGACACUGCUGCAAGCCUCGGGUUCAAUAUACCUAAUUAGUGGAAUUGGAUAGCACAGGACUGUAGAUUGAAAGAAAGGGGGUAACUUCUUUCAAUUUUGAAUAUUUGGGAGGGGGGGGGGGUGAGUUUUGUCCGAGACAAUGGUGUAUCAGUAAGCGAAUAAACAAACAAACAAACAACGCUUUUGUGUGGCCUGUUGGUCUUGUUUCUAUAUCAGAGGUCGUGGGAUCAAUUCCCUUCUUAGAAGAAUGUUUGUAUCAUGAUGAUCAUGAUAAUUUGUUCUGUGUGUGUCACGAUUCUUAGCAUCACAUCCACGACUUUCCCCAUUCCAUUGUUAUUUAAAAAAAUUAAGGACACACCCCUAAAAAGCCACAUCGGUAAUUUCCUAUUCUCCUACAGCCAUCCAUUUAUCCACUGAGCUACUGCGAUAUUUCACCUCAUUCGAUCCAUAAAAUGACUUGCCUAACAUCUUAUAUGUAAUUAUGAUUUUCCCAUAAUUAUAUUUUAAAUAGUUAGUAACAUAGUUUAAUGCCAAAGGUUAGAUAUAAGAUAUAGUCAUAUAUAAUUAACAGUAAUUUGUCUUAAGAUAUUACACGUAAUAAGGUAUUAUAAUUAAAUUAUUGCAAAAAAUUGUUGU